CUCCCCCCCCUCUAAUAACCUGUAGAGCAAGUCCUGUCGAUCAAAACACACGCGGGAAUCGGCUAUCCCGUGCAAGAUGCUGCCGCCCCCCAGCAAGCGAUCCCGCCGCGGUGCGGCCCAGCGGCGCGUCCUCGCGUACAUGGAUGCGCUGCCCUGCGCGGCGCAGUACGAGACGAGCUACGCACAUCGAGCCGUCGUGACGCAUACGGUGGUGGCGGCCAGAGCGCAAAAUAUCCGCGAGAAAUGACGGUGAUGUCCACACAGGUGGCGGCCAAGGCCGGUUUCGUGUGCACGGCCUCGGAGAACGGGCACGUCAAGUUCUGGAAGAAGAUGCAGCGGGGCGUCGAGUUCGUCAAGCACUUUCAUGCGCACGUGGGCCCGAUCGCGGACGUGGCGGCAUCGUUCGACGGCCUCUGGCUGGCGACGACGGGCGACGACGGCGCCGCCAAGCUGUACGACGUGCACGCGUUCGACAUGGCGUGCAUCCUCCGGACGAAACGGGACGCGGCCGAGCCCUACGUGCCCGGCGCGGCGUGCUGGCUCCAGACGGCCGCCGCGCCGACACCGCGGGUCGCGCUGGCCGCGGCGGACGAGGCGGCGCCGAUCCGCGUGUACGCCGCGCCGACCUUCGCGCUCGUUGCCAAGCUCCGGGUCCACGCCUCGCCCAUCGUGGCGCUCUGCCCGCUGCCGCCGCUCGGCCUCGUGGUCUCGGCCGACGCGCGCGGCGUGCUCGAGUGCUGGCGGUGCGCCGACGGUCCGCGCCGCGGGGGCGACGGGAAGGGCGCCGCGGUGUCGGAAGUACCCGCCGAGGCGCCCGGCGACGCCGUCGCGUACCGGAGCAAGCUCGACACGGACCUCUACGCGCUGGCCAAGACCCGCGCCGGGCCCUGUCGGAUCUCCGCGUCCUCGGACGGGGCCCGUUUCGCCGUCACCGCCAGCGACGCGACCAUUCGGAUCUUCGAGACGCGCACGGGCCGGUGCCUGCGCCUCCUCGACGAGAGCGCGGCGGCGAUCGACGCGCGACGAGGCGCGUGGCUUCUCCGCAGCGCGCGCGGCGCGCCGCCGGACGCGUCCGACGACUCGGACGACGCCGGUCCCAUGCCCGAGCCCGCCGCGACGGCGGCGGCCGGCGAGGAGGCGCCGCCGCCGCCGCCGGCGGAGCCCGAGGACGCGGCGCUCCGCGCGCUCGUGGCGCUCGACGACCUGAGCUACGGUCGCCGGUCGGCGGCGGAGCGCGAGAUCCAGGCCCAGGCGGGCCGGCGGAGCUUCCUCGCGCGCUGGAACGCCGUGUUCGACGAGACGGGCCACUAUUUGCUCUACGGGUCGAUCGUCGGCGUGUGCGUCUACGCGCUCGACGCCGGGCGGGUCGUGGCCGUCCUCGGCGCGGCGGACGAGGCCGAGCGCUUCGGGUGCCUGGCGCUCUUCGAGGGCGCCGCGAAGCUCGACGCGCAGCUGGAGCAGGCGCGGCGGCAGGUUGCGGACUCGCCGCAGCAGGGGAGCCUGACGAUGGGCGCCGAGCAGUCCCGCGAAGGCGUCUCCGACCCGACGUGCUUCGCGUCGUCGUUUCGGCGGAAGCGCUUCUACCUGCUGAGCCGCCGCGCGCCGGACGCGCCGGACGCGCGCGACGUGCAGAACGAGCUUCCGACCGCCGACGAACUCGGGCGGCGCGCGGCGGCGUCUCGGCCCGCCCUGCUCGGCGCGGAGGCGACGCUCCGGACGACCAUGGGCGACGUCCGCUUCCGGCUCUUCGGGAACGAGUGCCCGAAGACCGUCGAAAACUUUUGCGCGCACGCGCGCGACGGCUACUACGACGGCCUCAUUUUCCAUCGCGUCCUAAACCGUGCGCAAAUCGACUUUCGCGGCGCUCUUCAUGCGCGCCACCCAAUUCAACUGGCCGCCGUGCGCACAGGUCAUCAAAUCCUUCAUGAUCCAGACGGGCGAUCCGCUGGGCGACGGCACCGGCGGCGAGAGCAUCUGGGGCGGCGAGUUCCACGACGAAUUCCACCCGAGCCUCCGGCACGACCGCCCCUUUACGGUGUCCAUGGCCAACGCGGGACCCGACACCAACGGGUCCCAGUUCUUCGUCACCACCGUGCCCACGCCCUGGCUCGACGACAAGCACACCGUCUUCGGCCGCGUCACUCACGGCAUGGAAGUUUGCCAGGCCAUCGAGAACGUCAAGUGCAACCGGUUCGACAAGCCGCACGAGGACGUCGCGAUCAUCGCCGUCGAAAUUCACGACGUCGCUGCUGCCUAGGAUCUGUAUGGUUCAAUUAGUACGUACAGCACCCGCCCCCCCCUAGCCGGACACGGCGUAAUUCUUUGGAGUCACA